AUGUGUGCAGGGGCCUGUCGGAGCCACUGGAGGAGCAGAGACUCAGACACACCAGCUAGGUCUCACCCUCUCACUGCAGCCUCUCACUGCAGUCUCACCCUCUCACUGCAGCCUCACCCUCUCACUGCACCCUCUCACUGCAGCCUCACCCUCUCACUGCGGCCUCACCCUCUCACUGCAGCCUCACCCUCUCACUGCACCCUCUCACUGCAGCCUCACCCUCUCACUGCAGCCUCAUCCUCUCACUGCAGCCUCACCCUCUCACUGCAGCCUCACCCUCUCACUGCAGCCUCACCCUCUCACUGCAACCUCACCCUCUCACUGCGGCCUCACCCUCUCACUGCAGCCUCACCCUCUCACUGCAGCCUCACCCUCUCACUGCAACCUCACCCUCUCACUGCGGCCUCACCCUCUCACUGCACCCUCUCACUGUGGCCUCUCACUGCAGCCUCUCACUGCAGCCUCACGCUCUCACUGCAGCCUCACCCUCUCACUGCAGCCUCUCACUGCACCCUCUCACUGCGGCCUCACCCUCUCACUGCAGCCUCAUCCUCUCACUGCAGCCUCACCCUCUCACUGCACCCUCUCACUGCGGCCUCACCCUUUCACUGCAGCCUCUCACUGCACCCUCUCACUGCGGCCUCACCCUCUCACUGCAGCCUCAUCCUCUCACUGCAGCCUCACCCUCUCACUGCACCCUCUCACUGCGGCCUCACCCUUUCACUGCAGCCUCUCACUGCACCCUCUCACUGCGGCCUCACCCUCUCACUGCGGCCUCACCCUCUCACUGCGGCCUCACCCUCUCACUGCAGCCUCACCCUCUCACUGCACCCUCUCACUGCGGCCUCACCCUUUCACUGCAGCCUCUCACUGCACCCUCUCACUGCGGCCUCACCCUCUCACUGCAGCCUCAUCCUCUCACUGCAGCCUCACCCUCUCACUGCACCCUCUCACUGCGGCCUCACCCUUUCACUGCAGCCUCUCACUGCACCCUCUCACUGCGGCCUCACCCUCUCACUGCGGCCUCACCCUUUCACUGCAGCCUCUCACUGCACCCUCUCACUGCGGCCUCACCCUCUCACUGCGGCCUCACCCUCUCACUGCGGCCUCACCCUCUCACUGCAGCCUCACCCUCUCACUGCAGCCUCACCCUCUCACUGCGGCCUCACCCUCUCACUGCAGCCUCUCACUGCAGCCUCUAACUGCGGCCUCACCCUCUCACUGCGGCCUCACCCUCUCACUGCAGCGGCUCCUGCAGCAGAAACAUAA